AUGGGUACUGGAAAGGAAUAUAGGAAGAGUAAAUUGUUGUCCAUCACCAGUGCCAUCUUUACCGCGAUCAACUCGGGGGUCGAUUCAUUCAAGUCCGGCAACUUCUCCAAGUGGAGUACAGGCUUCUCCAGAGUUGAUGUUCGGCAAGAUGUCGCCACCAGCGACGAUUUCAGCUCAGUCACGGUUGCACUAGAUUGGUCGUCGUGGAGAAUGCCCAUAGUUGAUUCUCCAUCGAAAGGUGAGGUUCGCCCUGCUGAUGUCGGCGCUGGUGUCGGAGAAAGUGUGAAUUUAAAAGACAGUCUUGAUUACGAGGAAGGAGAAGGCUCCCUGGGAGAUGACGAGGAUUUGGACGUAGUCGUGUUGGCUUUGCAUAACGAGUGCAAAGGGCCGUUCAUAUUGACAACGCUGGUGAAAUGCUGCAGAGAAUUUAUAAGACUGGAGAGCAGGAAGAGGAAAAGGAGGAGGUUAUAA